AUGGUUAUGAAUAUGUUGUUGUGGGCAUUACAUAGCGUAAGAUGUUACUCAACUUGAAAGAGGCGUAAAAAAUCAGUUUUUGUCGUUAGGCAUAAUGGCGGGUACCAUCACAUGGGAAUAUUUUUUGAAAUGCACCGACGAGUUGUUACGAAUAUCCGAUAUUAUCAACGACGGCUGGGUUGGACGAGGCAGUAAAAAUAUUGCUGGAUCGUAUUACCUAACUAAGACUACGAAACGCAGUUGUAUGAUUGUGAAAGAAAAUAAUGAAGCUGUAGAUUAUUUAGAAGACUUGGAAUUAAAAAGAUAUGAGACCGACAACGAAUCGGUUUCCAGCAAUGUCAGAGACAGAGCGAGUGAAUGGGAAUAUCAUGUACUGUACAACAUUAGUUACAGUGUACCAGUGUUAUAUUUCAAUGCUUGUUUCUCAGACGGAAGUUUGUUUUCCUUGGAACAACUGUGGCAACUACUGUCAUGCAACUUUAAAGGAGCGCUAGAACCCCAGAAAUGGAGUGUGUUGACUCAGCAAGAACACCCUGUUCUAGGGCGACCAUUCUUUCAAUUACAUCCCUGUCGAACAGCCAAAUUUUUGGAAAUAUUUGAAGGCUGCAGCUCGAACCUUCUUAUUACAUGGCUAAGUUCUGUAGGACCAUUAGUUGGUCUAGAAUUGCCUCUGCAAUACAGUCAUGAACACCACAAGAAUUACUCACACUGAAACUUCCAAAGGAAUAUUACAGGACAGUGUUGUUAACCAUUCACAAAUUCAUUUAUUGUAAAUAAAUCUGUGUGUACAAAUUUUAGAGUUGCAGUCAUA